UUUUAAAAUUCCUUUUGAUUUCCUUUUGAACAUAUUUAAGGGUAAGCAGUGGGUUUUCAGCUUGAUGUAUUUCCUUGUUCCUUCCUCCUCUGAUUAAUAAGAAUCAUGAGCAAAAUCGCUGGUAUUUCCUGGGAAGAAAAACUAGUUACACCAAAGCUAAACCAGCUCCUAUUAAAUGGAAGAGAAACUCAGACAGUCAUUAUUAUUGAGAGCUGAAAUGGAGCAGAGAGGAGCUCAACUAAACCAAUGUAACAUCUCCUGUUCCAUCUGUUUGGAUCAACUGACGGAUCCAGUGACUAUUCCCUGUGGACACAGCUACUGUUUGGACUGUAUUAAGGUUCACUGGGACGGAGAGGAUGAGAGGAGGAUCUACAGCUGCCCUCAGUGCAGGAAAGAGUUCAUAACGAGGCCUGGACUGGAAAAAAACAUCAUGUUAGCAGAAUUAGUCGAGGGUCUAAAGAAGAUUGGACUCCAAGCUGCUCCAGCUGAUCACUGCUAUGCUGGACCUGAAGAUGUGGCCUGUGAUGUCUGCACUGGGAGGAAAAGGAAAGCUGUUAAAUCCUGUCUGGUCUGUUUGGCUUCUUAUUGUGAGAAUCACCUCCAGCCUCACUAUGAUGCUGCACCAUUUAAAAGGCACAAGCUGGUGGACCCCUCUAAGAAUCUCCAGGAGAACUUCUGCUCCCAUCAUGAUGAGGUGAUGAAGAUCUUCUGUCGCACUGAUCAGCAGUGUAUCUGUUAUCUCUGCUCCAUGGAUGAACAUAGAGGUCAUGAAACGGUCCCAGCUGCAGCAGAAAGGACUGAGAAGCAGAAGGAGCUCCAGGAGAGACGACAACAAAUCCAGCAGAGAAUCCAGGACCAGGAGAAAGAUAUCCAGUAUCCUCAGACUAUGCACUUAGAGCAAAGAAGGAGGCAUCAGAGGGCCGGGCUGAAAGACGGCACAGACGCUCUGAUCAUGGCAGCAGAGGAGCAGCUGUUGGACAUCAGAGCAAUGCAGGCCCAGAUCUAUAAAAACCAGGCAUGA